CACUGCUCUUCCGUCUAUUUUGGGAAUCCUUAGUCAGUGUAUAUAUAGUGAGUCAGCGUUGGUAUCGGAAAUUCAUGCUACGAUCAUUUCAUUCUGCACUGUGAAGAGACAGAGAAUUCUCUCAAUCCUUUACCUAGCCAACUACAGGAUCUCCCUCUUUGCCACAUCAAUUCGAGACCUGUGACUCAGACUUGUAGCUCAUAGCAAGAGAAAGCUCAUAACUGUUUGUAUGUCAGCCGAAAACGGUCGCAAAAAGAUGGAGACUCAGUUCUACGAAGAUGCACAUAACCCGUGGCUGAGCAAGAAGAAAUGCAUGACUCUGGAUCUGGACACGGGCAAGCGCAAACUUACGGCUGCUGUGCUGUCGACUCCAGACGUUCAGAUGCUCAAACUCGCUUCUCCUGAACUCGAAAAAAUGAUUAUUUCUCAGCAAGGCAAUAUUUGUACUACACCAACGCCUACUCAAUUUAUCUGCCCGAAAAACGUUACCGAAGAGCAAGCCGCCUUCGCCCAGGGUUUCGUCGAGGCGCUCCAGAGCCUCCACCAGCGGAAUGAUUCGGGGGACUCCGAGUCCGUGGUGAGCGAUGAUGAAUCGUCGGUUGACCAGCUGGACCUAAGUGAUCCAACAACGACCUACCAGCAGCAGGUCCUCAACCCCCAUACCACCAUCUCUAGCAUGACCACAGCUGCGACAUCGAUUUACAACCCUGCAAUGCCUACUACAACUACACUGCCUGGAUCAACCGUUAGCCUUUCAUCUCGUAAUUCUAUGCCCACUGACUCUACAGCCAUCACACGUGGAUGGCAGACGAAUGUUGAACAUAUCAAACAAGAACCUGUGUGCGAAGAGCCCCAGACCGUCCCGGUGUACCACGCCACCGCUAACCCACCCAUGUCCCCCAUCGAUAUGGAAACACAAGAACGCAUCAAGGCUGAGAGGAAAAGGCUCAGGAAUCGAAUCGCCGCCAGUAAAUGUCGUAAGCGCAAGCUUGAGCGAAUUGCCAGGCUGGAGGAUAAAGUGAAGGACCUGAAAACGCAAAAUUCAGACUUGACGACAACGGCAACCAAGCUUCGUGAACAAGUUUGUGCUCUUAAACAGAGUGUGAUGGAACACGUAAAGAGUGGAUGUCAAGUUAUGUUGGCGCAACAACUGGCAUUUUAAUCUGGAAUAAUUGCAAAUGAUUUUGAAACAUUGACAUUCAUACAUGUAGCUGAAAAUGGUGAUCUCUACAGACUAUUUGACUUUUGAGGCCUGUGAAACAAACAUUACUGUGGAUGUGGACUUUGAAUUUGCAUUCAUAUUCUUUGAGAUUUUAAAAAUUACCUAGAAGACAUGUAUAUGUAUUAAUGUAUUUUACUGUGCUGGUUUUGCAGUUCCCAAAAUUAUAGUGCUGAUACAAAAUUACUUUCAUUCAGUAGUCCCGACCUGGUUAUAUCCAAAAUUACCAGAAAUUUGGGGCAGGAUCCCCAGUAUUCCUAUUUCUGAUUUUCAAAUAUCUCAGUCCAUGAUGUUCAUUGUAUGGAAUUGAUAAUUAUCUGCAUUUAUCACUCUCUGUGUAGGUACAUGUAUAACAAUGCAGAGCAAAUUGAGAAUUGUAAACUUGUUUAUUCCGCCCAGUAAGAUGAUUUGAUAAUCCCAUCAUACCUAAUGACAAAUUGUCUUUUAGCUUGCCCAGUAAUUUUGAGUCAGUACUUUGGUAACAGUUAUUUGGUGUAAACUUAUAAUGCCCAAAUUUUAAUUGUACUUGUCCAUGCUUAGUCGUUUGAAGUCCAGUGUAGUAGGAUGGUCCUUAAUUCAAAAGAAAAAUGGGAAGGGAAGUCGAAUAAUUUUUUGUGAGAAAUUUUUGGAAGGAAAUGUGAGGAAUUUAUAAAGUUGUACAUUGAAAUGGUUUAUGAUGUGAAUAUUCGUAUGAAAAAUAUUUGUCUUUCAAAGAAACAUACUGGUUUUGAGAAUUUAUUUCGAACAGAAGGUAUGGUCUUGUGUCAUAAAUUUCUUGUUUUUCCUCAGAUUUUAUUUUUUACCAAUUGUACAUUUGACGAAAGCAUUGUGUGCAAGGAAAUAAUCAGCUUUCUUUAUUUUUUUAUUUUUUGCUUGUAAUGACCACUGACCAUCAGAAAUGGCUGCAAAUGCAAUGUAGCUCAUCUGUGUUAUGAAUUUAACAGCUCACACCAUUGGGAGGCCAAAUAAAAUAUUUCCUACUUGCUUGCACAUUACUGCACCAAAGCUUUUAGACUCUUAACUUACAGUAAAAGUUACGCAUUUUGAUUUACGACACCUGUGGUCGGUAUUUUGUUUAUUUUUGUAUUUACCAAUGCCGCCAUUCUUGCAAUACAACUUCAGACAGAUAACAUUUUGCCUGACAAGUCUAUGACAUAGGCAUAAACAGAAAGGUUGUGAUUCUUUUAAUUAUAGGCAAUCCAUGUAUGAAGGCAAAAUAUGAAACACUGCUGAAGAAUAAUCUGUUAUGAAAUUGUACACGAGUUUCUUUUCACCCAUUAUUCACAUGCUAGAUUCUGGAACAACGUUUUUUU